AUGGGUGAUGACGUAUUACCCGUACCUGUUUUAUCAAGGGACACAUUAAUAUUCGUACAGGAAAUUGGAGAAGGAUGUUUUGGAAAAGUAUUCAAGGGCGUAUUAAAAAAAGAAAAUGGAACGUCGGAUGUCGUGGCAAUAAAAGUUCUUAAAGAAACGGCAUCGAGACAAGCAGAAGAUGAUUUUAUGAGAGAAGUGGAAAUAGUGAGCGCAUUCAGACACGAAAAUAUUUUGUCACUUUUAGGAAUCGUACUCAAAGAAUCUACUUCCAGACCGUGGAUGGUUUUUGAAUUUAUGCCGCACGGAGAUUUAGCCGAAGUAUUAAGAAGUAAUAGCAGGCAAUUUUGGAAACCUGUGCCUGGAUUAAAAUCAUUGACAAAGAAUUCUUUAUUAAAAAUCGCAUUACAAAUAGCCGGAGGGAUGAAAUAUUUAGCGGCACAAAGGUUCGUACAUAACGAUUUAGCCUGCAGAAAUUGUUUGGUCGGAUCCGAAUUAACGGUUAAAAUAGCGGAUUUUGGAAUGAGCAGAGAUGUUUACACUUGCGAUUAUUACAGAAUCGGCGGUUCGAAACCGGUACCCCUACGUUGGAUGUCACCCGAAAGCGUCAUGUACCGUAGAUUCACACUGGAAUCGGAUAUAUGGUCCUACGGUGUCGUUUUGUGGGAAAUAUACAGUUUGGGAAAGCAACCCUACUACGGAUUGAACAACGAAGAAGUUGUUAAAAUGAUAUUGCAAGGUAUAAUAUUGCUACCACCGGAAAAUUGCCCCCCUUUCAUCUGUGAUAUUAUGAAAGAAUGUUGGAAAACCGAACCGAAAGAUCGUAUCAUUUUCAACGAUGUCUACGAUCGUUUGAAAAAAUCGUGGAAAGAAAGAGAAGGGGACGAACCACUUUUUCCAGGUACUAAUAAUAAUAAUAAUAACGAGUCGAACGUUAUUACGACAAGAGAUUCUGGUAAAAUAUCAUGUCCUAGACCUCCACUUUUUCCAGUCUCGCCAUUAAUUAAUAAUAAUAAUAAUAAUAAUAAUAAUGAAUGUAACGAUAUUUUGGAUGCCGAUAAUUAUUUGGCACCUCAAGCAACGCAAAUAAAUGAAUACAUUCAUCCAUUACCCGAUUGA